CGUGCGCAGGCGCUCAGCGCUGAGGCCUGCCGGAAGCAAAGAUGGCGUAUAGGUAAUCGGCAGGCCGCAGUUGGCGCCUUGUCAGUAUUAGAGCUGGUAGUUUGUAAGCGGCUGUGGCGAACGCCCUCUCCGCCGUCAUGGCCAGGCAUCGGAAUGUCCGAGGCUAUAACUACGAUGAAGAUUUUGAAGAUGAUGAUCUCUAUGGCCAGUCUGUAGAGGAUGAUUAUUGUAUUUCACCAUCAACAGCUGCUCAGUUUAUUUACUCACGACGUGACAGACCUUCAGUUGUUGAACCUGUAGAAGAAUAUGAUUAUGAAGAUUUGAAAGAAUCCUCCAAUUCUCUUUUGAACCAUCAGCUAAGCGGAAUUGAUCAAGCUCGUCUUUUUUCAUGCCUUGAUCACAUGAGAGAGGUACUUGGAGAUGCUGUGCCAGAUGACAUACUGAUUGAAGCAGUUCUGAAGAACAAGUUUGAUGUGCAGAAGGCUUUGUCAGUGGUUCUGGAGCAAGAUAAAAUGCAGAAUUUGAAGGUCAAGAGUGAGGGAGCAAUAUCUACAGGAAAGAUAGCAAAAGGAAAAUCAAUAGAUUCCCAGUCAUCUCGAAGUGAAUCUGAAAUUGUGCCAAAAGUUGCUAAAAUGACUGUAUCUGGAAAGAAGCAAACUAUGGGAUUUGAAGUGCCUGGAGUAACUGCUGAAGAAAAUGGUCAUAUUUUCCACACACCUCAAAAAGGACAUUCUAGUGAAGAUACCGGCCUUGUUUCUUCUGAUGUACUUGAGACCGCUUCUAAAUCAGCCCUUCCAUCCCACACCAUUCAAGCAUCAGAAGAGCAGAGUUCAACACCGACACCAGUGAAAAAGUCUAGCAAGCUGAGGCAACAAAUAGAUAUCAAAGCGGAGCUGGAAAAGCGGCAAGGAGGGAAGCAACUCCUCAACCUAGUGGUCAUUGGUCAUGUUGAUGCUGGGAAAAGUACUCUGAUGGGCCAUUUGCUUUAUCUUCUGGGUAAUGUAAACAAAAGAACUAUGCAUAAGUAUGAACAAGAGUCUAAAAAGGCUGGCAAAUCUUCGUUUGCAUAUGCAUGGGUCUUGGAUGAGACUGGCGAAGAAAGGGAAAGGGGAGUAACAAUGGAUGUUGGUAUGACAAAGUUUGAGACCAAAACCAAAGUUAUUAUAUUAAUGGAUGCUCCAGGCCAUAAGGAUUUCAUUCCAAAUAUGAUUACAGGAGCAGCCCAGGCAGAUGUAGCAGUUUUAGUUGUAGAUGCCAGCAGGGGAGAGUUUGAAGCUGGAUUUGAGACUGGGGGACAAACACGAGAACAUGGCCUCUUGGUUCGUUCUCUGGGAGUGACCCAGCUUGCAGUUGCAGUCAAUAAAAUGGAUCAGGUUAAUUGGCAACAAGAAAGGUUUCAAGAGAUUACUGGAAAACUUGGGCACUUUCUUAAGCAAGCAGGUUUUAAGGAAAGUGAUGUAGCUUUUAUCCCUACAAGUGGUCUCAGUGGUGAAAAUCUAAUCACAAGAUCUCAGUCAAGUGAACUUACAAAAUGGUAUAAAGGACUAUGUUUAUUAGAACAAAUUGAUUCCUUCAAGCCUCCUCAAAGAUCUGUUGACAAGCCUUUCAGAUUAUGUGUAUCUGAUGUUUUCAAAGAUCAAGGAUCUGGAUUUUGUGUAACUGGUAAAAUUGAAGCUGGUUAUAUCCAAACUGGUGACCGACUACUAGCAAUGCCUCCUAAUGAAACUUGUACUGCAAAAGGAAUCACUCUGCAUGAUGAACCUGUCGACUGGGCGGCAGCAGGCGAUCAUGUUAGUCUUACGUUGGUUGGGAUGGAUGUCAUCAAAAUCAAUGUUGGCUGCAUAUUUUGUGGCCCCAAAGAACCCAUUAAGGUUUGCACUCGUUUCAGAGCCCGAAUCCUCAUCUUUAAUAUUGAAAUUCCUAUCACUAAAGGAUUUCCUGUGCUGUUACACUACCAAACUGUCAGUGAACCUGCCGUGGUUAAACGAUUGAUUAGCGUCUUAAACAAAAGCACUGGUGAAGUCACAAAGAAAAAGCCUAAAUUGUUGACCAAAGGCCAGAAUGCAUUGGUGGAGCUACAGACACAAAGACCAGUGGCUCUUGAGCUGUACAAAGACUUUAAAGAGCUGGGGAGAUUCAUGCUGCGCUACAGUGGUUCUACCAUAGCUGCUGGUGUAGUCACCGAGAUAAAAGGCUGAUGGGUCAGAAUUUCUACCAUGUUUCUAAAGACAGUGAGAUAGUUAACCUCCAUGUUUUGAAAGAAUCCAGUUAUUCAGUUAAAGCAACAAUGUGCAAUUGAUAUUUUUUUAAAUGAGAAAAUUCAAGCUAUAAUCAGCUGCAAAGAAGUAUUAUUCACCACUCCUACAAAAAUUUUAAGUUGCCAACUGGCAAAGAAAGGCUAAUAUUGCACUUUCAUUUAAAAAACUAGCUUUUCCUUUGAAAUGUUACUAAUGGAUUUACCUUUCUGAGACUUACGGAAGUUAUCAGAAAUAUGUGUUAGAAGACAUUGAAUCAUCAUGACGUGAACUCUACUUCCAGCCAAACCACCAAAUGUUUUCAGUUUUCUCUUUUGAUUUCAACUUACAACACACAUUUUUAAGGAAGAAUAACUAAAAUGGGUUAUUGAGGUAGUUAAUAUUUGACCUGAGCAGUUUUUUAGUUAACUGUAAGAAAAGAUUUGUUGAAGGUUAAUAAAGGUAUUUUGUGUUGAGCAGUGAGUGUUCUUCCUUCAACAAACAACCAUUUGGAACUGCUUAGUUUGCAUUUAUUGGAAAUUGUUCCUUUGGUAACCAAGAUAUUAUUUAAGGUGUAAAGCCAGCUAAUAAAAUGCCUUUGUUUGAGCAUAACA